AUGCGCAGCACUCAUGUCCUUAACAAGAAGGGCGCUGCAGAGCAGCACGAGCACCUGGCCGGCCGCAUCCAGGCCCGGAAGUCUGCGACGCAAGACCCAAUACCACGACAGACACAGACGACGACGGACGAGAGCAGCCCACGAUGGGCCCACACCCCCGCGCGCAUGAAGGCGCCCUUUUCCAUCCAGCAGCCCAAGGACCCGCGCCGCUCCGUCUGGGUCGUCAACGAGGACCCGGCCCGCCUCGACCGCAUGUACGAAAAGCUGCUGGGCCCACAGCUCGCUCGGAACUUGCCGGACGAGCUCAAGUGGCUGGCCGUCACGCACAAGAGCUUUGACAAUGGCCGGCGUGGGUUCAACACGCGGCUGGCGUUUUUUGGUCGCAUGAUUCUGGCCUCCGAGACGACGCGGGCCAUUAUGAGCCGGCCGGCGGCGGCGGCGGCGGGAGUUGCUGAUGCGGGACAAGCAGAUGCAGCGCUUGCGGAUCCCUACGGCCGCGAACCGUUCUCGCACCCUGCCCUCGACAACGUGGACAAGCUGAGCACGGCACAGCCGCACGACUACGCGACGCCGGCAAAGCUGACGAUGCUGGCGCGCGACGUGGGCCUGCCAGGCGUGGUGCGGUGGAAGCCGCGGAUGCCGGACAACCUGGAAGGGUCGGGCAUCACGACGGUGAUGACGUCGACCCUGUAUGCUAUUAUCGGGGUGGUGGCGCUGCACCACGGCGCGGCGGCGGCGAACCGCAUUGUGCAGGAGCGGAUCAUCAACUACUUGGCGCAGUAG